AAUGUCAGUGUGAGUGUGAGUGUCACAGCCGCCCAUUCCCCUCGAGUGGAAUAAGACUGUUUAAUGUAGGCAGCAGGGAAUGGUAGAGUCGGGGAGUGUCGCAGGAUAUUAAUUCUCGUCUGCAGCAGCAGCAGCAGCAGCUAUGAGUUUGCAGUAGCCGAGCAAGGCAUAAGUCUACAUCCGGCGGAGCCUGCUGAAGCGCAUCAUCUGUAGUCAAGCGGAGCUCAGAAACAGGGAAGCAUCAUGGAGAAUAAUCUGGAAAACAAUAUGGACCCCAGGUCCGAGCAGGAUGAGAUGCAGCGGUGCGCUGACCAGAUCACAGAUGAGUCCCUGGAGAGUACUCGUCGCAUGCUGCAACUGGUGGAGGAGAGCAAAGAUGCCGGGAUCAGGACUCUGGUCAUGCUGGAUGAGCAGGGAGAGCAAUUGGAGAGGAUUGAAGAGGGCAUGGAUCAGAUCAAUAAGGACAUGAAAGAAGCUGAGAAAAAUCUCUCGGAUCUGGGCAAAUGCUGUGGUCUUUGUUCCUGCCCCUGCAAUAAGUUAAGGAAUUUUGAGGCCGGAGGAGCUUACAAGAAGGUGUGGGGGAACAAUCAGGACGGUGUGGUGGCCAGCCAGCCGGCUCGAGUGAUGGAUGACCGUGAGCAGAUGGCCAUGAGCGGGGGAUAUAUCCGGAGAGUCACAGAUGACGCUCGGGAAAACGAGAUGGAAGAAAACCUGGAUCAGGUGGGCAGCAUCAUCGGCAACCUGCGGCACAUGGCCCUCGACAUGAGUAACGAGAUCGGCUCUCAGAACGCCCAGAUCGACAGGAUUGUGGUCAAGGGUGACAUGAACAAAGCCCGCAUCGAUGAAGCCAACAAGCAUGCCACCAAGAUGCUGUGAGAUGUCCCCAUAUGAGAGUCCUCCUUCCUGCCAGAGACACCCAACCCAGCAUCCAUCGCAGCAUCUCCAAGGUCUAGGUGGGACACGUCCCUGUGCAGUGAAAGGAAAACCACAAGGUUCAACAUCUCUGUACAUUUUAUUUUAUUUCAUCAUUUCUCAGUGUAGCAAAAUGUUCCAGUGUGUAAGGUGUAUAUUUCAAUGCCGAUAAGUGCAACUGCUUGCCCUGAGUGUACGAUUUAGUUUUUAUCUCUGUGCCGGUUGAUUUUUUUAAUGAAUGAAUUAUUCACUGUAACCACCUGAUAACAUGAGCAUGAAUCGAGCUCGAUGUGUGCAGCUGAAUUUCGGUAAACAUACUGCAAAUCCCUUUCCCUUCUUGAAGAUGUCAUCCCCAGCACAGAAAGGGAGUGGCCCCUCGUAAUGGGGUCUGAUACAGAAAUCGCAGAGUCUGAAAAACAGUUUGUAUUGGGGACACAGUCAGUGUGGAACCAUCCCGCAGUUCUGCUUGCCAGAGCUUCGAAGGCGCAUCUGCCGAUCUAUAACCAUAUAACCAUAUAACAAUUACAGCACGGAAACAGGCCAUCUCGGCCCUACAAGUCCGUGCCAAACAAAUUUUUUUCCCCUUAGUCCCACCUGCCUGCACUCAUACCAUAACCCUCCAUUCCCUUCUCAUCCAUAUGCCUAUCCAAUUUAUUUUUAAAUUGGAUAGGCAUAGAUCUCCGAGAUUUUAUUCUGCCUCUCAGUGGCUGCGAUUUUGCUCGUAUUAUUUCUCCGAUGUCUUUUUUAUGGCCGCUAUAAGCCACUUGUUAAUCCUGCCAGGCCAAACGCAGGAUUCCCGUUUAAUGCUGGGGGGAAAUGGGAAUAGUUGCUGGCAUCAGAUGGGGUGUUGACAAGAACUGAGCUGGACUUGCUCACUUCAAAGAGGGGGCCUUCAGCUGGAGACCACAACAAGACGUGAGAUUGAAAUUGACGUGCAGGAAGGAAAACAUACAUAACCCUGGUUCCCCAUCAGACCACUUGGUUGAGAAAGGCCUUCCAUCAAUUGCCACCAAUAACUCAAAAACAAAAUAAAAUUAAACUCACAAUUUUGGGUACUAACCUUAUUUCAGAAACAAUAUUAACAUGAACCAUUGGCCUGUUUCCCCCUUCGAGAUGAGAAGUUUUGGAUAAUAAUAAUAAUAAUAAUAAUAAUUUUAUUUAUAGAACACUUUAAAAACAAACAUAGCUGCAACAAAGUGCUGUACAUCACUAAUCAUUGACAAAAAAAGUUAAUACACACCAAAAAUAACAAUCAAAAGAAAUAGUAGGAAAAGACAUGUAAAAUAAAGAAACAUCAAAAACACCACAAACAGAAGCAAAGCAUGGUCAAAAGCCAGGGAGUACAAAUGUGUUUUAACACUGGAUUUGAAGAUGGACAGUGAGGGGGCCUGUCUGAUAUGCAACGGCAACAUCAGAAGUUUUCGCUGCCCAUGAAAAGCAACCAGUCGCAAAAUGGUUGAUGUUUGUGGUUUGUCGUUCCAACCCUGGCUUAAUUACAUUUUUGUUAUUAAACCUCGAGGGCAGUCACGGUGGCACAGCGGUAGAGUUGCUGCCUUACAGCAAAAUGCUACGCCGGAGGCCCGGGUUCGAUCCCGACUACGGGCGCCGUCUGUAUGGAGUUUGUACGUUCUCCCCGUGACCUGCGUGGGUUUUCUCCGAGAUCUUCGGUUUCCUCCCACACUCCAAAGACAUACAGGUUUGUAGGUGAAUUGGCUUGGUUAAUUAAAAAAAAGAAAAAAUAGUCCAAGUUGGCGAUAUGCCGAGUAUUGCCGUGCCGACUACAAAAAACAAAAAAACAAAAAAUUCAGACGGUUCAAAUCUGACAUUUCAAACUACAAAAUGACAUCUCAAACCUGAAGCUUUUCGGACAAAAUCCAUAACUCGUUUUAGAAACAUAGAAUCAUAGAAAAUAGGAGCAGGAGGAGGCCCUUCGGCCCUUCGAGCCAGCACCGCUUCUUUGUGAUCAUGGCUGAUCGUCCCCUAUCAAUAACCCGUGCCUGCCUUCUCCCCAUAUCCCUUGACUCCACUAGCCCCAAGAGCUCUAUCUAACUCUCUCUUAAGCUACUUUUACCUCCAGAAACAAUGCCACUGUAAUUUUCUUAUUACAUUUAAUUUCAAAUCCUGAGACUUUGUCGGUCUGUAACUCCCUAUCGUUAAACCUGGUUAGAUCCAAGCAAUGUGAUGGAGAGCCUUUUUCCCAUCGCCCUACACUGGGUCUUUGGCGAUAGACCCUGUAUCCCACACAUUUUCCAAGGACUUAUCCAAGAAAAUUUCCCUCCAGACAAUCACGACUAAAAUCUGCUUUCACCACUCCCCAAAGGCAGCACGUUCUAGAUCCGAUACAUCUGUGAAAAUAAAAAUUCUCCCCAACUGACUCAUUUUCUCAUUCAUCCGAUCAUCUUGUAGGUAGAUACCAUUUCUCUCUGUCUCUCCUGUUGCUGCUGAGUCUGACUCCUGUAUCCUUUCAGUGUUCUAAGUGUUAAACCGAGGCUUGUGCUAUGAUAUAGAUUCACCGUUCCCAUAACCAGACUGACUGUUCCAACUUUAAUCUAAUUCCCACACUCUUGCUAAACAUCCUUAUUGAUCCCGUCUGAAGAAGGGUCUCGACCCGAAACGUCACCCAUUCCUUCUCUCCAGAUGUUGCUGCCUGCCCCACUGAGUUACUCCAGAAAUGGUUCUCUUCUCAUUAGUCGUCUUCUUGCCGAUCAAUAUUUCCUCCUGCGGCUAUGAACACUCAUUAAAGGCUCCACCGUUCGAAGUUGCUUUGGUCCUUGAAACCAAUAAAAGAUUAACAAAAGCAUCAGAUAAUCUCUGACCUCUCCGCCUCCAGUGGACCAGGGGAGUCAAGAGUCAAGAGUAUUUAAUUGUCAUAUGUAAAGAAACGGAACAGUAGAAUUCUUACUUGAAGCAGCACAACAGGUUUGUAGACACAGUAGUCAUAGGCCAUACAAUCAAGAAAAGGUUCAAUAAAUAUAUUUUAAAAACAAGAUUAAUGCAAAUUAAAAACCCGAAACACAGCCAAGACGUUCGUAGUUCUUAGUUUAGUUGGUGUUUGAAAAGUUCACAAAACUAAGGGUUGUUGGGAAGAAACUUGGAGGAUUUGGGGAGAGAGGAAUGUAGGAGUGGUUCCAGAGAGGAUGUAGGAGUGGUUCCAGAGCUGGUUGCAGCUUCUUAAAGGGCCUGUCCCACUUACGCGACCUUUACAGGCGACUGCUGGCACCCGUGAUAGGUCGCCAACAUUUUCAACAUGUUGAAAAUUCAGCGGCGACCCAAAAGACUCUUUGGAGACCUUUCACAACCAUAGGAGACCUCUCACGACCGUACAGGCGACAUGUCGCGGCUGACCUCAGGACCAUACAGCCUGUGAGAGGCCUCCGAGGCUGAAAAGAUUUUAAUCGUGGCAAAAGGUUGCAAUAACACAUGGGGACUGGGAGAGCCUAGAAUCGAUGGCUGUACUCACACUCUGCAUGGAGUAGCUGCUUUCUAUUGAAGGGUCUCGACCCGAAAGCUGAAGGACAUGGCUGGGGUCCCACAAAAGGACACAAAGUGAGGCAGCAUCUAUGGAGCGAAGGAAAUAGGCAACGUUUCGGGACGAAACGUUGCCUAUUUCCUUCGCUCCAUAGAUGCUGCCGCACCCGCUGAGUUUCUCCAGCAUUGUUGUCGACCUUCGAUUUUCCAGCAUCUGCAGUUCCUCCUUAAACAUCUUUUGAUUCAGCGGCAGGGAGAGGCUGCUUCUUUGAGUGCUUGUUGGGAGGUUGUUGGGCUCGUUGUUGCUGUGGUCUCUGCGGGGACGGAAGUCCGCUCUGUGAACCCAUCAGGUGCUGAGCCCCGGCCCACUCACACAGGACCCCCCCAACCCAGCUCAGCCCGAGACCUGCAUGCGACCGGUGUGAAUGUGUAACUGGCUUUACUUAUUCCUCCCCCCCUCCCCCAUACUGUCGCCAUUGACGUUGUGCUGAGCAGACGGCUUGUUGUCAUUCCCCCCCCUCCCCUCAGCCCAAGUUUGGGGGUCCGCUCUUCCUCCCCCCCGCCAGCGGAGACCGUGCAUUUGUAGACGGUGCAUGUCGGUGUUUGCCCCUCUCUGCUGCCCGCAAACCCAGACCCACCUCCUCCACUGCCUGCCCUCACUCAGUUGUGACCUGUAGCCCUGAUGAGUUAAACUGAGCCCUUGAAGCUAACCUAGCUUGCUCAUAGAAUCCAUCCCCACACCCCCAAUAAUUAUCUCCCCGUUUUGUUUCCAAUAGUUGGUUAUCAUUUCCCCGACCACCUGUUGUGGCGAACUCUCUCCUGUUUGAUGGGCCCCUGAAUGAUGGACUAACUCUCUCCUGUUUGAUGGGCCCCUGAAUGAUGGACUAACUCUCUCCUGUUUGAUGGGCCCCUGAAUGACGGAC